UAUUAAAUCAAUGUCCGAUAAAAAGUUUUUUAUUAAUUAAAUUACUCAAAAAACUUGGAAACCUUCAAAUUAAUCUAAAACAGAAGACUUAAAAAACAAAAUAGUUUAAUGACAUAAUUCAGAUGUUAUUUUACAAAUUCCAAUUUUUCUUCUUAUAUUUUUCUCUGUCAGAAUUUCCUCACAUUUUUCUGUGUCCAUUUAGAUUUUGCCUUUGUCCAUCGCCCUCCUGUGGCUUUCAGUACUGUUGCUGCUGUGGACUGAAAUUGGGUGCGAUAAUAUCUAAUCAUUACUUAUCAUUAUUGGCCAUGGUCAGGUGGGGGUAUGUCCCCCGCCCACAUCCCAAAAGUCUCUCCUGCUUGCCUUUUUUUGUCGGCUGGCUAAUGGACGUUCCUUGGGUGCCUGACUCGAUUCCCAGACUGUCGUCCUGUGGCUGUCAGAAAAUCCCGCUCACUUUCCUUACCCACACCCGACGCAACGAUUACUGAACAAAUUAAAUUAGUGAAAAUGCCGAAACGAGGCGGAGGAGCCAAGUGAAGCAAUCUAAUUGUAGGUGAGGUGGGGGUUUGCGGGUGGCUUCGUGUCUGCCCACAUGGGACAUAUGUUAAAUCUGCUAAAAAUGCGACCAGGUGUCGAAAGCCAAUUGGCCUCUGGGGUGCAUGGGCUUCCUUUUCCCAUCUUAAACAAGCUAAUUAGGUUUAAUGGCCAGAGACCAUUUAGCUGUCCGCUGCUGGUGCCUGUCAAAUGCCAAAGGGGUUUCCCAAAGGACAAUCGUAGGUCAAGGGUUAGUGAGAGUUCAGAGGGGAGUAGUUGCUGUCGGCACAAGUAGGAGACUGGAAAAGUUAAUUAGUCAUGUGCUUUUCGUUAUUUAAAUUGACCUGUCCUAAAAAGAAACAACUUAAAAAGGAAUAUGUCAGAACAAAAAUCAAUAGGCCAGUUUCUUGUACAUUAUAUUUAAUCAUUUAGACCUCUUUGAAAUCUAAAAACGAGUAAGUUAAAUCUCAGAUAGACUCUCCUAUUCUGAAUAAUUUAUGGCGUUGAAAAGCAAGAAAUAAAAAGGGUCAAAAACAAAGUAUAUAAAGUAUAAAAAUAUGAAAUUUAAAUUUAUGAAACUAUUAAAAAAAGACAAUUAAGUCAUCCAUUAAAAAUGUACAUUACUAUAUAAAAACCCAAAACUUACAUGAGAAAUAAAAUUCUACACAUUUAUGAGGUUUCAUGAAUGGCUAAGUAGAAAAACCAGCUACAAAAAGCUUUUUUUAAUAGAAAAGCUUUGAUAGAAAGAAAAUUCAGUUCAUUUCAAAUUCCAACCAACACCUACAGAAUAGAGACAACUCGUUAGACAGGCGGAGCCAAAUUACCGCAUAUAAUCUGAAUACAUUACCCUACAUCCUUGAACCACUCACCCUCGAGACCUCGACAUAGACCUAGUACAAGGAACCCAAGGUGAAUCGAUCAAACGAGGAUUUUGGCAUGGCAGCCAGUCAAAUCAACAAAAGCUGAAUUAAAGCAGGUCAGCAAACUGACAGCCAGUGGAAUUUGUUGUGCAGGAAUUUGCGAGUUGCCAGAGUCACAACAACCUCAGGAUGAGUGCCAACAAAAUCUUUCUGCGUUACUAUCCGCCAGGACUGGCCAUAAAUUAUCGAACGGCAAAGGGCAAUGAACGACUGCGUCACUUUGAUCUGCUUGACCUAGAUUCAAAAACAAACAUAGAACCUCUGGCAGAUAGGAUCCUCCUUCAAACUUUAGCCGAAGCGGAGCAGGAUCGAUCACCUACGGAUUCCGACAAGAAUUCUCCCCCUCGUCCUGCCAGCGGAAGUGUCACUAGAUCUCCAAACACAUUUAGUGCCUUGAAACAGGCUCUGGAAAAACUGCAAAAGAAACUUCGGGAACCUGUCAAGAAGAAAUUCUACCUGCACAAGUGCCACAAUUCGCACAUCCUGCCGCUGACCAAUGUGUCCUUCGAUCGGAGUGGCGAACGAUGUCUUACUGGCAGCUAUGAUCGAACCUGCCACGUGAUCAACACACAGAGUGCUCAGGUGGAGCACAUCCUUACUGGCCACGACAAUGUGGUAUUCUCCGUGGGUUUCAAUCUUCCUCAUUGCGACAAAAUAGUGACUGGGUCCUUUGAUGGCAGCGCAAAAGUUUGGUCUUCCAGCAGUGGCCAAUGCCUAUGCACUUUCUAUGGGCACACUGCCGAACUGGUGGCCGCUGAAUUCCAUCCGAUGCAUUCAAAUUCCAUAGCCACUGCCUCCAUGGAUGGAACAGUCCGGAUCUACGAUGUGGAAACGUCCCACGAACUCCAGCAACUCACCCACCAUGGAGCAGAGGUGAUUGCGGCGCGAUACAAUCGUGAUGGUCAGAUGUUGCUUACUGGAUCAUUCGAUCAUACGGCAGCUAUUUGGGAUGUGCGGAGCAAGAGUCUGGUCCAUCAGUUGCGAGGUCACAGCGCAGAGUUGUCCAACUGCGUCUGGAACUUUAGUGGAUCCCUGAUAGCCACGGGCUCCCUUGAUAACACAGCGAGGAUCUGGGACAUAAGGAAGAUGGAUCAGGAACUUUUCUUAGCUGCCAAGCACGGUGAUGAAGUGCUGGAUGUGAGCUUUGAUGCAGCGGGCAGACUUUUGGCCACCUGCAGCAGCGACUGCACGGCGAGGGUUUGGAAAGUGGAAGGGUCCUCCGGUCAGCUGGAGAUGCUGUCCCUGAUGGCAGGACAUGCGGAUGAGGUAUCCAAAAUGUGCUUCAGCCCCAGUGGUUGCAUGUUGCUCACAGCCUCAGCGGACAAUACGGCUCGCCUGUGGCUCACAGACUCCGGACAGUGCUCCCAAGUUCUGGCCGGGCACGAAGGUGAAGUAUUCAGUUGUGCCUACAGCUACACAGGGGAUGCCAUCCUGACCGCCUCCAAGGAUAAUACUUGUCGCUUCUGGAGGUGA